GGCCCGGGAGCCCCGGUGGAACGGCUCGACCCGUCCCGGCUGCGGCCACACGUGCUGCUGGCGCAGGAGAACACACAGAUCCGUGACCUGCAGCAGGAGAACAGGGAGCUGUGGGUCUCACUGGAGGAGCACCAGGAUGCACUAGAGCUCAUCAUGAGCAAGUACAGGAAGCAGAUGUUGCAGCUUUUGGAAGGGAGAAAAGCUGAAGAUGCAGAACCAACCUUGAAGGUUCAUCAGGCUAAUUCUGUGGAAAUUGAAAGUCAAAUAGACAGAAUAUGUGAGAUGGGAGAGGUGAUGAGAAAAGCUGUUCAGGUGGAUGAUGAUCAGUACUAUAAAGUCCAAGAGAAACUGGCUCAGUUGGAGCUUGAAAACAAAGAGCUUCGUGAGCUGUUGUCCAUCAGCAAAGAAUCCUUCGAGGUGGGGAGAGAAGAUCUGCCUGACUGUGAGGCUUAGGCCACAAAAACCUCAUCUCCAAACCUCCAGAGACUGUUAGGAAACUACCCGACAAGGAUUUGUUCUUUCAGGUGUUUCCUUGUAUAUUUGUUUUAUCUUUCCAGUUGUGUGGGCUGUUUUCUCUGCAUUUUUCUGGAGUUGCUGUCGAUGGCAGGGGCUGCAUUGCUGCUCUGUCUCAGGAACUGCAGCACUCAGAUGCUUAACUGAAGCAUUCGACGUGUCCUCCCUUGUGAUGGUUCAUUUCUUCUCCCUUGGUUGUUUUUUAGGAGCUUUAGCUAGUAACUCCAGCUGUGCAGGUGG